UUUCGCAAACGAAAUAUGUUUGGAGCCCAAAGAAAAGACGGCUUUCCAUAGGAACAAGUGCUCCGUUUCGCCAUUAAAGCAUUUUUUUUUCCUUCGCUUCUUCUUCAGACAACAAAGAGAAAACUUAGUGUGGGUAUUUUCUCUUUUCUCUUAUUUGCAGCAGCUGGAGUUUUCAGAAAAAGACUUUCAUUUCAUGUAGAUGGUGAAAUUUAUGAAGUUUUUUACUGCAUCUCUAUGUUUAUGAAUGAGUGGAAUUGGGGUGAAAUAGCAGUGAAUUUUUGUUGUGAGCUGUUUGUUUGUUGGAGCUGAAUUCUAUUUUAAUGGGUCGACCAGGAUUGAGGAAUUAUGACGAUCAUUAUGAAGCAAGACGUGGAAACAGAAAGAGAGCAAAAUAUUCCGGUGAAGUAAAGUUUAGUGACAAUCGCAGGCAAAAGAUUUCAAGAUUAGAGAAUGUUGAUGCGGAUUAUGUUGAGUUUGUGAAGCUACUCUACAACUAUGAUAUAAAUUCUCAGUCAUACACAAAUGAACAUGGAAAUAAUGUCAGCUAUGAUGAGGUUGAGGAUGAGGAUGAUACUGACCCGCAGUACAAGAUAUUUUUGGCUAAUGCCAAGCGUGAUGGGAGGUCAUAUAUCCUUAACCUCAAUAGAAAGGAUGAGUUUCCUGUGUCCAUUAGGUAUGAAAAAGAGAGUGCGUGUAAUAAUGGGUGCAAAUGUUUCUGUUGUCAAAAACAGAAAGAUAUGGAGACUCAAAAGGAUGCUGUGGAUGAGGCAAUCUCACUCAAUAUAUGUAGCAAAGAUGAGCUAAAAAAUUGGAGAUUUCCAAGGACUGAUCCCAGGUAUGAUAGCAAUAGAUCCAUGGGAGGCAUGGAUGUGAUAUUUGAGCCUUCCGAUCCUACUUCUCAGAGAAACAAUGAGAAUAUGAGCCGGAAGCUUAGCACGGGGCAAUGUGGUGCAUCCAAGAGGCAGGGGAAGUGUGAGACUAAGAUAAAGUCGUGUGAGGAGAAGAUGGUGGAAAAAGGGAGUAAACUAGUACAUGUCAGAGACAAAGAAAAAGCAUCUGAUGUAGGUGAAGAUUAUGCGUUACUUCUGGAGAAUCUUCAAUGUGAAAAAUGGGGCAUGAAAGCCUCGUUAAGCGGCUGCAAUAUCAAGUAUGAAGCUUCUGAUGAUGACCUUGAAAUCCUUUACGACAGUAAUGAUAUGCUCAAGAAGAAACGUGAGCCGUCUGAGUUCAGGAAGAAAGUCACAGAUCUUCUGAAGAAGCCUUACAAUCCAAAGGAGUACAAAGAACUAUGGACAUAUGUCAAUGAUCAAAAACCAGUGGAAAGGAAUAUGGAAUCGCGUAGAGGGGGAGUGAAGUCUUACAAGACAAAGAAAAUGGGAAAAUCAUAUCUGGAGUACUAUACAGACCUUAAGGAAAGACUUGAAGUAGUUGGUAAUAACGAGAGGAAGAAGUUGAAGAUCAUGCGUGGCUUUUCGUUUUGGUUACAGAAUCUCACUAACGCAGGAGCCUUCAAACCAUGGAACGAUACUGAGUUUCUUGCACUGGUAGCUGGAUCUAGUUAAGAAGUGAUGCACUUCCAGUCCAACUUUAACCGAUUAACCACUCAAAGACGAUCACCGGAACAUGUAUAUGAUGAAUAUUGUGGUGAAGACUGAAAUCAUGGACUCCAUUUUAUAAAAAGUCAGUAUAUCAUACAGGAAAGCAAACGUAGACGCGGAUCAUCUUGUGAAUUUUCUGCAUAGCCGCGGAACUUUUUGUUUCUUAUUUUUGUGAUCUUCCAAGUUCUCCCUCCUGUCCUUAUUUUUUAAAGGCCCUGGGAAUUUUGUACAUUCUCAAACAAGGAUGUAAAUGGAGUUGAUUCAGUGUAUGCAAAAGUGUGCAUAUUAGUCUUUUUUUGGACUAA